AUGGCGCCCUCCACCAACCCCUCAGAGGAACCGGAAAGGGAACUCACCUUUGCCGACAUGGAAGACUGCAUCGACAAAAACACCUUUGAACAGAUCCUCGAAAUGGACGACGAUGACGACAAGGAAUUCAGCCGCGGAAUCGUCUUUGGCUUCUUCGAUCAGGCCAAGAGCACCUUUGACAAGAUGGAGGCGGCCCUCGCCGACAAAGACCUUCUCGAACUCUCCCAGCUCGGGCACUUCCUCAAAGGCUCCUCCGCCACCCUCGGCCUCACCAAGGUCAAGGAUGCCUGCGAGAAGAUCCAGCACUUUGGCGCCCGCAAGGACGAAACCGGCACCACCGACGAGCCCGACGACGCCGUCUCCCUCAAACACAUCAAGAACACCCUCGCCCAGGCCAAGAAGGACUAUACCGAGGUGGAGGCGUUCCUGCGCAAACUAUACGAAGACUCACCCGCCUCCGACUAA